GCUAUGUAGACGAGGUCUACUACCAAUUGAAUUAUUAAGAAAACUUUACCAAUGACGUGCUAUUAACAUUUCCAACAUCUUGUCUGACCUUAGUGGACAUGAACAACGUAAAUCCAAAUAGGACACCAAAAUUCUGUCACGUACACGUACAUGAGAAUUUAUCGAUCAGAUGAAAACUCAUGUUUCGAUUCUAACGUAAACGCUGACCCUUCUUUGCAUACAAUAAAAUUUUACAUAAGCUGUUGUAACAUUCUAUCGACGAACGUCCAGUGUGAGGGUAUCGGCACAAAAACUGGAAAAACUAAAAUGGGUUCCCAAACGCCGCUGACAGAAAUUCAAAAUUUUUACAAAAACAAGACCGUUUUUCUUACCGGAUGUACAGAGUACGUCGGAAAAUUAGUUCUGGAGAAAAUUCUGAGAACGACACCUGUGAAACGCGUGUUCGUACUCGUUAGUGGAAAAGACGGGAAGGAUGCGGAGGCUAGGUGUGCAGACAUUUUUGAUUCUUUGGCGUUCGGACCGCUCAAAAGACAUGACCAAGAAUUCUACAAGAAGGUUUCCCUCGUAGAAGGAGACUGCGAAAAGCCAGAUUUGGGACUGAAAGAGGUAGACAAAAAAACGAUCGUAGACGAAGUCGAAUGCAUCUUCCAUUGCGGUACUACGACAAAUGCCGAGCAAGGUCUCAAGCAAGCUGCAUUCGUCAACGUCAGAUCUACGAAAAAAAUAUUAGAGAUAGCGAAAGAGAUGGAAAAGUUAAUGAGUUUCGUAUUCCUUUCGUCGGCGUAUUCCAACUUCACACUCUAUGAAAUCCACGAAGAAUUCUAUGAGCCGCCUGUCCACUAUAACAAACUGAUAGCACUUUGCGAGGGCGAGGAGGAUUUAAUCAAAAAGUGCGAAGAAACAUGGCUACAAGACUGGCCUAAUGCAGCUGUGUACACGUUGAGUAUAGCAGAAACUUUGUUAAAAAACGAAGGCAAAGGAUUGCCUAUAAGCAUCAUAAGGCCAUCGCAUAUAUUACCAUCAAUGGAAGAUCCGAUAACGGGAUAUGUAGAAGAUGGAUCUGGACUGACGUCUUAUGCUGUGAAUCACGCAAUGGGAGUAAACAGGGUGUUCUAUUACAAUAAAGGCGCUUUGGAUGUAGUUCCUGUCGAUUAUGUUGUUAAUAUGAUUAUUGCAUCAGGGUGGUACGUCGGUUUACAAACGUUGAGACUCAAAAGGGGCGAUAUCACAUCCAUAGAUACACAAAUUUAUCAUUGUGUCAGUUCUCAAGAAAAACCAAUUACAACAGAGGAAUUCUUCGGAACAAUCCAUUCAGUUUUCCGCGAAGUGCCCACCAACAGGAUGAUACAAAUACCAUUCGCUUUUCAUACGGCUUGUUACUACAAUUACAAGUUAUUGAUACUAUUCUUCCAUUACUUCAUGGGCUUCCUCUGUGAUACAGGACUAAAACUUGCAGGGAAACAACCAGUAGUGGUGAAUAUGUAUCACAAGAUCCAUCGCGCGCAAGAGCUGAUGAGUCCGUUCCUCCUGAAACAAUGGUACUUCUCCAACGAUAAUGCCCAGAAACUGCUAAAAAGGAUGUCGUUCGCGGACAGGGCAAUCUACCCGUUCGAUAUCCUGAACAUCAACUGGCAGAACUACUUCGUGACUUUGGCUAGGGGCGUGAGGGUUUAUUUGCUGAACGACCCUAUGUCGACGUUGACGGAGAGCAAAAAACGGCAGCAAUGGAAGCAGAUCGUUCAGAUGAUCUGGGGAGUCGUGUUGGUUGUGAUUUUGUAUCUAAUCGCCAAGAUUUUGGUGUUCAAGAUCAUAUUUAGAUGAAGCGACUUAAGCUAUUGAAAUCAACAUAGUUUUUAUUUGUCCAAUGUACAAAAACUGUAUGUCAACGUUUCUAAGUUGUUAAUAAAUGGUACUGAAGCUAGAU